ACACAAAAUCAACUACAUCUAUGACUCACUACCACACCAACAAAUCCAUUAAAAACACCCAAAUCAUACCACUCCACCACUUCCCCAAAUUCUCAAAACCAUGGGACCAUCAUCAAAAUCACACAUCUUCCUUCUCAUUCUCUCCAUAUACUCUUCAACAUCCUCCUCAUCAUCAGUAGACCUCACUAAAUUCAUCUACAAAGGCUGUGCAAAUCAAAAAUUCCAAGACCCAUCUGGAAUCUCAUCACAAAACCUCCAAUCCUUAUACCAAACCCUCAUCACCCAAUCAUCCUCCACCAAUUUCUUCAACACCACCACCGGCAACAACCAGUUAACCACCUCCGUCACCGGUCUUUACCAGUGCAGAGGAGAUUUACCCAACUCCGACUGCAACACCUGCGUCAAAAAAAUCCCACAAACCAUCCAAAAAGUUUGCGGCGGAGAUACCAUCGCCGCCAGAGUCCAACUUGACGGCUGUUAUUUAAGAUACGAGGUUGUCGGGUUCCCGCCGGCGUCACCGACGGAUCUUUUGUUUAAACAGUGCGGGUCAGGUCGGGCGAGCGGGUCCGGGUUUGAUGACAGGAUAGAGUCUGCGUUGGGGCAGAUUGUGAAUGGGGUUGCGAGUGGAAAAGGGUAUUAUGCGGGUGAGUUUGAAUCGGUUUAUGUGUUGGGACAGUGUGAAGGUGAUUUGGGGAGUGCGGAUUGUGUGAGUUGUGUGAGAUCCGCGGUGGAGAAUGCGCGGAGUGCGUGCGCGAGUUCGAUUUCGGGUCAGAUUUAUUUGCAGCAGUGUUAUGUUAGUUAUACGUAUUACCCGAAUGGAGUACCCGGAUCAGGAACUGGCGGUGGUGGUGGGAUACAAACGGGUGAGACGCAGACGGGUGGUGGGGAUGGGCACCGCAAUACACAGAAGACGGUUGCUAUUAUCAUCGGUGGAUUAGCGGGGUUGUUUUUGGCGAUUGCUUUCUUGCUGGUUUUGAAGUCAGCUUUCAAGAAGAAAAAGGAGAAGCACUCUUAUUAUGGAGGUUAUUGAAAAAGAAGAAGACAAUGGUGAGCUGUGUUUGGGGCUUUCUGAGUGGAGGAUGUAAAGACAGACAAACGACACUUGCUUUUCUAUUCUUUUUUCUUUUUGUACAUUGCUUAUUAUUAUUUAAUUUUAUUUUAUAUACAUAUUCAAUGUUUAAAAACCAGCUAGCCAAUUCUAGUAGCUCGUUAAUUUAAUCAGUUCAGUGGGUCACUUUUGUAAACUUGUAAAGCUCUUCUACACAUGGCAUGAUAUGUAGUUUGAAACCAA